AUGGCCGAGACUAGAGACAAUGCCUCGCCUCAGAGCAGUGGCACUCAAUCCCCCCAGGGAUUGAAGAAGAACGCCGGGAAGGGCCGUAUCGCUGGUGGCUCUUUCCUCCAGGCGGCCCGCGAGGACUCGGUGACAUCGGAAUGGGGUCCGCUCCAGGAAGUUGACAUUGAGCUUCCCCUGACUCUCACCGAGAUCACCUACAAGGAUGGGCAGGAGUACAUCGUCAUGACUUUUGCCCCCGGCGACAAGCAGAAUCCGUUCAACUGGAGCAAGGGCAGAAAAAUGUUCCUCACCCUUCUGCUCUGCUGCAUGACCCUCUUCGUCGGUCUUGCUACGACUGCCUACAGUUCCGGAACCAACUCGAUGGUCAAGGACCUCCACACCUCCACUGAACUUGGCCAGAUGGGUCUCUUCACCUUCAACAUGACCUGUGCCGUCGCGCCCUUGUUCCUUGCUCCGUUCUGCGAGUUGAUCGGUCGAAAGAUUGUCUACAUUGGUGCCUACGGAUGCUUCGUUCUUUGCUUCAUCGGUCUCGCUCUCGGAAAGAACAUCGCAACCAUCCUUGUGAUGCGUACGCUCCUCGGUCUUUUCGGUUCAGUCGGCACCAUUCUUGUCGGCGGUACCUUUAGCGAUCUGUACGUGCCUGAUGAGCGUGCUACUUCUAUGGCCGCAUUCUCCUAUGUCGCCAUUUUGGGCACCGUCGCCGCUCCCAUCUACGCUGGCUUCAUCGACGAGACAAUCGGAUGGAGAUGGAUCGAAGGUAUUCAGGGUCUGUCAAAUAUUCCCCUGUUCGCUAUCAUCUUCUUUGCCCUUCGCGAGACUCGAGGCGGUGUGACUUUGCACAAGCGUGCUAAGGCUGUUCGUCUCUUGACUGGCGAUGAGCGCUACAAGGCCAAGAUGGAUCUCGAGGUUCGCAACAUCAAGGAGCUUCUUCACGCUUCAUCCGUCAAGGCCCUUCACAUGCUUAUAACUGAGCCUGUCGUUUUCGCCUAUGGCAUGUGGAUUGCCUUUGCUUGGGCCGUCACUUUCAUCUUCCUGUCGGUCAUUCCUAUUACCUUCUCCGAGAAGAAGGGCUGGAAUGAAGGUGUUGCUGGUCUCCCAUACAUUGCUCUCGUCAUUGGUGUUACCAUCGCUUUCGGCCUCAAUUUCCUCCAGAUCCGCAAGUACAAGCAGAUCAUGGCUCAGCGAAACGGAAUCAUUCUCCCCGAAUCUCGUCUCUACGGUGCCAUGUGGGGCUCUUUCAUGCUUCCUAUCGGUCUCUUCAUCUACAGUUUCACCCAGUAUGGUUAUCUUUCCUGGGUCGGCCCCACCAUCGCCCUUGCGCCCAUCGCAAUUGGUAUCUUCUUCAUUUUCGAGUCUUGCUACAGCUACACCUCUGAUUGCUACGGCGAGAGCUCUUCAUCUGCCAUUGCCGGCCAGGGUCUUCUCCGUAACACCCUCGGUGCCGUUUCUCCACUUUUCGCCAGCCAAUUCUUCCACAACGUUGGUAGCCAGUAUGCUGGACUCAUUCUGGCUCUCAUCGGUACUCUGCUCGCUUUCAUCCCCUUCAUCCUCUUCAAAUGGGGACCUCUUCUGCGCGCCAAGUCGAAGCUUGCCAGCACUCAGAAGGGCGAUGACGAGGAGAAGGAAAAGACGGGCCUCUACACGGCUCCGUUUGUAUGA